AAUGCAAAACCCGCCAAAAUGAGGAUAAUUGGUUCUCUCUACUGCUUACAGCCUCUUGCUGGCUGUUUACGAGGGAAAAUACGAACACAAACGUUUUACUUGAAUUCAAGAUAUUACUGCAUCAAAAACCUGCCGACAUUGACAAUGUAUACAAAGGAAGAUUGUUCCCUUUGUGAUGAUGCAAGGCUUGUUCUUGAAAGAUUUAAAGAUAGGUAUAUUUUCGAAGAGGUUUAUAUAACUGAAAAAAGCAAUGAAGAAUGGUUCAAGAAAUAUYGUUAUGAAAUACCUGUCUUUCAUUUGAAUGGCUCUUUCCUAAUGAAACACAGAGUAAAUGAAGAGUUACUUGAACAAGUCCUUACAAAACUUGAAACUAAUGCUUGACAUAUCCUUUGGAACUGAAUAUAGCCUUUUUGUCAAUACUCCAAUUUCGAGUUCUGGUUUGCUCUGUGUUAGCCUCAAAACCAAGUAACAUAUUCUUUUGCUUCAUUGAUAGCUCGAGAAAACGCAUGGAAUUUGUGAAGAAAGACAAUAAAUUUGAUUUGAAAUCUCACACUUUUACGCUCACAAUUAGGAAUAUUUUGUGCACAAAUGAGGCUAACACAGAGCAUUGGAGAAUUCRAAACUGGAGUAUUAUAUUGAGCUUGUGUAUAGCUGAAAUGUGGGUGAACGAAUGAUGAUAAGAUUUACUAUUAUAAAUUCAGAAUAAAUUACAUGUGACUAUAUCGUCACAGUUUUGUGUCUUA